GAUGGCCAUUGAGACGGUCACAAGUGCUCCAAAGCUGUCGAGGAGCAUCUCACCCUGACCUUCCUGAAGCAGAACAAAUCUUCGAAUUAUUAUGAAAGCAGGAAUGGGGUGACAAUCAGACGAGAUACAGAAGAAGGGUGGCGCAAGGCGUCGGCUGGUUGCAAGCUUCCAAAAACGAUACCUUGUAGGUGAGGUAGGAAGUCGACUCGAGAGCAGCAUUGCUGUAGGCUGUGUUGAUACCGCCGGUCAGGGUGACAUAGUCGUCUCGCUUGGCGAUGUGAGAUACACGUCUUGGGGACAGUAUCGCGGCAGGGGAAGAACGCACCACAGGGCUCUGCCGCGAGAUUAGGGCCGAGGCCGUCGGACAUAGGGUCCAGCUGAGGUGGAGGUGCAAUUGGUCAGACGGAAGAUUCAGCCCCAGAGAGGCAAUCUGGAGUCUUGUAUACCUUCCCAAAGACAUCAUUACCUUCUUUAUCCAACGACAACAAUCAAAAUGGCAGCAAUCAACAAGGGAGACACUGUUCUGGUCACUGGUUCCACGGGCUACGUCGGUGGCCAUGUGGCAAGCGAUAUUUUGGCUCACGGAGCUAAGAUCAAGCUGGUUGUGCGCAAUGAGGAGAAGGCUGCCCGCGUAUACGAGGCAUUGAAGAAAGUGCAUGGCGCCUCUGCUGCCGACUCGAUCGAGACAGUCCUGAUCAAGGACUUUUCCGCUCCAAACGCUUUCGAUGAAGCUUGCAAGGGUGUGCAAGGCGUCGCUCACGUUGCUUCCGACGUCACCUUCAGCGAUGACCCCAAGCAAGUCAUCGACCCCAUUGUGAAGAUCUACAAGUCUCUCCUCGAGUCCAUGGCCAAGACUUCUUCGAUCCGGCGCUUCGUUUUCACUUCCUCCUCGGUCGCUAUUGGCUUCCCGAAUGUCAAUGGCAAGGAAACACGCCUGUUCGAUAGCAAUGGUUGGAACGACGAAGCACUAGAGCUGAUCAAGGACAAGCCAACGGGAUUUUCCGUCUAUGGUGCCAGCAAGGUACUCUCAGAGCGAACGGUUUGGGACUUUGUCAAGGAGAAGAAGCCGCAAUUUGUCGCCACGAGUGUCAACCCAAACCUCAACGUCGGUCCAUUCCUGCCCGGAGUUGAGCCUUCCAGUACUGGCGGCGGGAUCUUGAAGUCGGCAAAGGGAGACCAAAGCUUCCUCGAGGGGCUGGGUCCACAAUUUGCCAUUGAUGUCCGGGACGUCGCCGAGCUCCACUCCAUCGCACUGUUCAACGAAAAGGUCGGAAACGAGCGGCUGCUGGCCUUCGCCGAUCGUUACACCAUCAACUCGAUGCUUGAGACGAUCAAGGCCGUCGACCCAAAUGCCCCUGUCUCUACCAAGCCCGAGUGGGGGAAUGAGGACAACAGCAAGGCGGAUACCAAGCGCUCGGAAGAGUUGCUUGGUCGUCCCUUCCGAACCUUGGAAGAGUCCAUCCGAGACCUUCUCAGCUCUGUCUAGACUCAUCUCGCACCACUAGAUCUAGCGCUCUUGCGUCUCAUCCCAUCUCUUUCGUGCAUGCCUUGUAACAAUUCUUGCUGCCUCUCAACCUAAUAGAACAUUAUUCUCAUCGUC